AUGAACAAAAAUAUCAAAGAAAAACUUUUAGAGGAGAAGAAUCAUUGUCAAGAAAUGGUGUCAAUGUCUAAACAAGAGGAAGAGAAGAAGUUAGCUAAAAUAGCAAAGGAGAAGGAACAGGCAGAAGAACAUCAGAGGAGAGCACUUUCCAGAAUUCCGAAGUCGAGGGAUCAAGGAAGUCUUCAAGAUGACCAGGUCAAAGGUCAAGGACCUCAAGUCGAACAUGAAGAUGUUGGAGAUGGGGAUGAAGACGAGGUGUAUAACCUUUGGUGUAAGGUGUUUUGGCUGCCGGUGGCGCCUCCUUUCAGGCAAUUCAAUCAGGAUCCAGGCUCCGCCGGCUCAGGAAGCAGGGCGAUUCUAGAAGCCUUGACGCAUGCUCUAGAUGCAAAAGAUGGUCCAACAGCUCAGAGACUGGUAGAUAGUUUCAAUGACCAGUUUGGUGCAAUGGUUUCGAUGGAUUAUGAUUGA